CAAAUGACGUGCACCAGUCUUUUCUGAUCAAACUUAUUCUGAAACAUCCCUGCGUGUCAGGCUGGAUUGAUGGCCUCGACAUCUCCUCCUGUCACUUCACUUCAUCGCUCCGCCGACACCAAAGUCAAGGCGUGCAGCGCCUGCAUCGACACUUUCUCUCGGUACUUUGAGCGGACAUAUGUCCGCAAACUAAAGUCUGAUCUCGGAUCUUCCGCUUUUCAUCGUCCUUGUUUGGUGCUGCUUCGAGGACUUGUCGACAGCACCAUCAUGGCUGUACAUGGCAAUGGGAUUCAAAACAUCAAUCAGUCGCUCUCACCGCCAGAACAAAUCGAACAAUGCUGCCUGUCAAAGUACUACGAGUGGACGCACAUCAACCCAAAGCAAAAAAUCACUUAUGACGACUGGAAAAAAUCUGAAGAGACAAAAGGUCUUGCUCUCUAUUACGCUGCUCUGAACAUCUGGGAUGAACCUGAUACCGAUGAUGAGGUGGAGAAUGUUGCAGUGGUCAGUCGGUCUCGCGAUGUGCAGGUUCAGUCGGCGCGCGAGCCGAAAAAGACAGUGACGACAAACGGCCACGGACGGUCGCAUGUCGCAGGCUCAGCAACACCACUUACAUCUGCAAAUUCUGAAGAGCUGAGUGCGUCAGGCAAGAGGAAGCCGCGAAAGCAACGCAAGAAAUAUUUGUCUGAGGAAAUCGUGGCCUCGGAUGGCAGCGAUCAUGGCGAGAUGGUUACACCUAUCGCUGGGCCUGCAAAGUCUUCGAGACCAGCUGUUACUUUUAGUGGAGGACGCAAGCCGUCUGUUCGCAAGGCCAAAAAGAAGCGUCUUUCUGAACAAAUCAUCUCGCCAGAAGAUGAGGAAGAUGACUCCAUGGCAUUAACAGAAGUCUGGUCGCCAAAUAUCCCCGUUCGUUCUGCUCCAGGCGUUCCAGCUGCUGCGCAACACUCAGACUCGCCGAGGAGAAUAGUCAAGCUUAAAGUAGGCUUUGGGAAGAAAGCAGCAAAGAAAUUGCUUUCUGGAGAAAGUGUGCUCGAAAAAGACAGAGAUAAUGAGGGGGCAUCCGCUAAAAUUGCCACCUCUACUAUUGGGACAGUUGUUGAAGACAAGGCAAAGACUGGCAGCAACGCUAAUCUCUACCUGAGUGGUACUGCUGAUGUGAAUGGAGGGUCCAACUCUCCGGCUGGUUCGCCUGGGCUACAAGACGACUCGUCUGCCACUACUAGACGCGGACUGCGAAUGCGAAGACCAGCGCAGCGGCGGCCUUACUACCACGACGCGCAACUCUUUGAUGAAAGUAGCGCUGCAGAAGAGGAGGAGUUGGAGGAAGGGGGAGAGCCAGUUGAGCAAGAAAACGACCAACCAGAACAAGAGCAAGAAGAAGAGCAAGAAGAAGAUAUUCGACCAACAUCCAGAGGACGAAGUACAAGGCGAGUAUCAUACGCUAGUAUCAUUGGUAUCGAUGACGAACUUCUAUCGGCACUAGACGAACAAAGUAAAGCUCUUUUGCAAGAAGAGGAUCAGGAUGACGAUCCGAACGGGCGCAGGCCCAGGCAUUUCAAGGGCAAAGGACGAGCUUGGAGGAAAGAUGAGUCAGACGAAGAUCUGGAAUUUGCGCCAUCGAAGAAGAAGAAACUGGCCAAAGCAAAAGCACUAACAGCAAGCGGCAAGAAACGCGGCAGGCCAAGGAAGAGCGCACUCUCCGAAGACAUCAUCCACGAUGAUGAAGACUCCGACGCAGCGACGGGCGCUGGAGACUCCAUGGCCGGGAGUCCUGCGCCACCCACGCCCGUCCCCACGCCCGCGUCAGUAACUAUCACGAAGAAACGAGGCCGCCCGCGUAAGAGCGCGCUCUCCGAAAGCGUCGCAACAUACGAUUCUGCAUCGGAAAACCUCAACGCUUCAGCUCCGCCUACACCCCUCCUCGCGCCCAAGAAACGUGGACGCCCCCGGAAAUCCGAUCAGAGCAUCAUGUCCAGAGAGGACAACGAGAACGGCGAUGAAAAUCAUGACGAUGACGAGGAAUACUCGCCAAAGAAGUCCGCCUCUAAAACUAAGGCAAAGAAACCUCGUGUAUCGGGUGUAUCUGCCCCAGACGCCAUUCCCCUACCGCUGGACGGCAGCCUCGACGAAGAUGUACGGCCAGACGAAGUGAUCGCUCCCAGUCUCAGUCCCAGCCGUAAGCGGAAGAGUGUUAGUGACAGCGAGGAAGAAGUUGUUCACGAUGAGGCGUCUAGGGAUUUUGCAUUCGAUCUGCUGCGUGGUGCGGGGACGUUGGGAGGCGAAAGGAAGUAUCAUACUAAGAUGCAGUGGAAUUGAGGGUGUUUUGGGUUGGGAGUUUGGAUUGCAUAGCGGGUGUGGGAGUGUGGCGUUGUGAGUAAGCAUGGGAUGGGAUGGGUAGGGUGUGUACAAGUAUCGAGUGGUAAUUAAUAUAUAGACAUAUUGUUUCGCGAUUUGGG